AUGGCUAAAAUCAUUCCAGGCAAGGUCAAGAAGGUAUGGGAUGUAUGGAAUCUCCGUGGUGCUGUUCUUUUCAGUCUCUUCUUGCAGGUAGUGUUAAUUUUCUCUGCACCAUCACGAAAACGAACUGGAAACAUAAUUGUAACCAUGAUCAUCUGGUCGGCUUAUUUGCUUGCCGAUUGGGUUGCUGUCUUUGCUGUUGGACUCAUCUUGAACGGCGAAGGGGAUGAUUCUAAAAAGUUCAGGGUAGAUGAUGACCUUGCAGCUUUUUGGGCUCCAUUCCUUUUGCUACACCUUGGUGGCCCUGAUAACAUCACUGCCUUCUCUCUGGAAGAUAAUGAACUGUGGAUUCGACAUCUGCUUGGGCUUAUCGUCCAGCUUGUUGCAGUUGUUUAUGUCUUCACGGUGUCACUCCCUAACCAAUUCUGGAUUCCAACGGUCCUGUUCUUUGCUGGAACUAUUAAGUAUGCUGAGAGGUCCCGUGCUCUAUAUCUAGCAUGCUUGGCUAAUUUCAAGGACAGAAUGCUUCCAAAACCGGAAGCUGGAGUAAACUAUCGUCGGCUCAUGGAGGUUUAUUCAUCAAAGGAAGCUGCCGGGGUUCCGGUUGAAAUUGAAAUAGUAAAGGAACCUGAAAAAGGUUUCAGAACUGCUAUACAGGAAGAGGAAGCAGCAUUAACUCAAGAUCUAACAACACUCGUAGAUACUGAGGUUGUGAAUCGUGGGCACAACUUCUUUAAAAAAUUUAAGAGACUACUGGUUGACCUCUUGCUUAGCACCACUAAUCGCAAUUUUAGUCGAAAAUUCUUCUUCCAAAUGACUUGUGAAGUUGCUUUUAGAGUGAUUGAAGUUGAGCUCAAUUUCAUGUAUGAUGUGCUCUUUACCAAAAUGGAAGUGGUGCAUCGCAAGUCCGGGUUCUUUUUCCGUCUCAUAUGUUCUACUCUGAUAGCGGCAUCCUUCAUACAAUUUGCAUCCAUUCAGAAAGACCACCAAAUCCAUAGAAUUGACGUUGCUGUUACCUACACUUUGCUUAUUGGUGCCGUUGGCUUGGACUUACUGGCUCACUUCAAGCUCUUUUUCUCUGACUGGACUAUAGCGAAACUCAACAAUUCCAAGGCCAAAUCUGUUGUUUCUGCCAUCCGUGAGAAAGUUUCAUUUGACAACAGAUGCCGGUGGUCUAAAUCUUUCUCACAGCACAACUUGAUAAGAUACUGUCUGAAGGAACGGUUCAAGUGGCUCGACAAAGCAACUGAUUUUUUCGGGCUCAAGGAAUUUUUUGAUGAAAUGCAAUACAAGGAAACCAAACUUGUUGAGGAUAAUCUAAAGAAAUUCAUUUUCAGUGAGUUGAGGGCGAAGGGUCUGAAAGCGAAGGAUUCAAAAACUGCAAAGGAGAUAUUUUCAGCGAGAGGUGAUUGGGUUCUCUGGCAGAACAGUUGCUACCACGCCUCAAUUGUAUCAACCGUGAGCGAGGAGGUUGAAUAUGAUGAAAGCCUUUUGUUAUGGCAUAUUGCUACGGAACUGUGCUACUUCAAUGGCCCUGAUCGCAAUAACCAAAAUCCCUCCAAUGAUGAAUAUCGUCAAUUUAGUAAGCUCUUGUCAGAAUAUAUGUUGUAUCUUUUGAUCAUGCGGCCUACAAUGAUGUCGUCAACGGUGGGAGAUAUUUGGAAAGUCAGGUUUCAGGACACCUGUGAGGAUGCCAGGAAGAUCAUCCGCGAGGAUGCCAGGACGGGGCAAUCAAAAUCAGCAGGGGAGGUUAUUGUGCAGAAAUUAAUGAAUUGUUUUAGAGGAAAACGAUCAGAACCAAACGAAGAACGAAAAAAAGUCUGUGUGAAUCUACUUUCUGUAAAUACAGUUGUCAAACCAGUUGAAGUAAAGGGGGAUAGAAGCAAAUCACUGUUGUUUGAUGCAUGUAUGCUCGCGAAAGCUCUGAACGAAAUUAAUCUGGAGAAGAGGUGGGAGAUAAUGAGCAAAGUGUGGGUGGAAUUGUUGUCCUAUGCUGCAUGUCAUUGCAAAGCAAAUAUCCAUGCUCAGCACCUCAGCAAAGGAGGGGAGCUUAUUACUUUCGUUUGGUUGCUGAUGACCCAUUUUGGCUUGGGAGAACAGUUCAGGAUUGACACUGGACAUGGCCGAGCCAAACUGAUUGUGGGUAAGUAG